AUGGCGCCCAACGAUAAAGCGGGCAGGGUCGUGUUCAUCGGCAAUAUUCCUUAUGGCGGAACCGAAGAGCUCAUCAUCGAAACCCUUGGUCGCGUCGGUCAGGUCCUCAACUUUCGCUUGGUGUAUGACAAGGAAACUGGGCGCCCUAAAGGCUUUGGCUUCGCAGAGUUCGCCGACGCUGAUGCCGCAGCCUCCGCAGUGCGGAACCUCAACGACUACGAUUUGAUGGGAAGGAAGCUGAGGGUCGACUGGUCCAACGAGAGCGGCUCCGGCGACAAUGCGCCGUCAAAUCGCGACCAGAACGCGCAGCCAACCAUGGGCAUGAACGGCCAACAGCCAGCAGCGCCAGCACCGGCGCAGCCAUCGAGUACCCUGGGCCCUCUUCCACCGGGCGUCGAGCUGCCGCCCAACCUCACCUGUCCCGAUGCCAUCUCGCGCACGCUCUCUACACUCCCUCCAGACCAGCUCCUCGACAUCCUCUCACAGAUGAAGGGCCUUGUAAUGACGGAUCCGGCAAAGGCGACAGAGCUCCUGCGACAAGCGCCUCAGCUGGCUUACGCCAUUUUCCAGUCGCUAUUGCUCCUCCAGCUGGUCGACCCACAAAUCCUGACCUCGCUUGUGGAGACAUCGGCGGCGCCUGCCCCAGUUGCGCAGGCUCCACCUGUUCAGCAAGUACAGCAACCACCACCGCAAGUUGCGCGACCACCUGUAAACUACCCCGGAUACCCACCGCAAGUCGCGCCUACACCUCCUGUUCCACAGCCAUAUGCGCAGCCUCCACAGCAACCACAAGCACCUCCCACGGACCAACAAGCCUUAUAUGCCCAGGUCAUGGCUCUGUCGCAGCAGCAGAUUGACCAGUUGCAACCAGAAUAUCGCGCGCAGAUCCUGCAAAUACGGCAGAUGUUAAUGGCUGGCGGACGGCCCUAG